AUGAGUCUGUCAAAGCUUUCGCAAGAGCAGCUCUCUGAGUUGCAAAAGUCGACCCAUUUCGAUAAGAAGGAGUUGCAACAGUGGUACAAGGUAAGGAACUAA